GUGAGUGGUUACGGCCUUGCCCCAACACCUUACAGAUAAUUUCCUUCUCUUGACACUAUGUACGACUACCCCAUUGCUUUUACAUGGCCACGCCCCAGCUCAGUUUGAAGCAUCGACUCCCUGCACUGCUACUGUCCAUCCACACAGUCUGCGCAGGCCAUCAGCUCCGCACCACGUCUCAGCGCAACAGAUUCUUGCAUUUCACAUAACUCUGACUCUGAAACGCGUGUAGCCAAAGCCCUAACCGGUUGCCUCGGUGAGGAUGAACCUCAGUCAUUCCGACGAGAACAUGCACAGCUCCAGUGAAGGCUGCCUAGAGGACGACAAACCUGAUGUCAUGCUGCCUUGCUUCCGCAGAAACAUGUACGACGAGCCUCUGGCCUCAUACUCCAACGGAUCCAUCAUCUCUCAACUCCUCCGCAAGACAAUCCACAACAAGAGGGCACUAGAUGAAAGCCAUUUCUACCUUUCCAGAUCAAAUGCUGCUGACUCAGGCCAGGAGGACCAGAGCAGCGUCUCCUCAAAGGACAGCACGGUGGAAGCUGCCUCUCCCACUGCUCACGUAUCUACAGGAACCAGCCCGGAGGUGGAGCAUCCCAUGACUGACCAUCUGCAGGCUAAGAGGGCCAGAGUAGAGAACAUUAUCAGGGUCAUGGCAGGCUCUCCCAACAGUAGGCAGCUUGGAGACAGUGAGAGGUCCGAAACAGACACUAGAGACACCAGAGAGGCCCGAGAAGCGUAUAGGGAGAAUAAACGUAAACAGAGGUUGCCUCAGCAUCAGGAACACAGUGUUGGAGGACCAGCAAACAGAAGACCCGGAAGCAGCAAUAGUGAUAACUGCACCACCAAGGAUGAGGAGUGUCACAAGUUGAAAGAGCAGCUUCACAGUAUGCAGAGGCUCCUACGUCAGCUCCAAGAAAAGUUUCUUCAGGUUUACAACCAGGAAGACCCAGAAUGCAAUGACAGAGAUGAGACAAAAGUCGCUGUUGAGCACGAGAACCUGGGAGAAAGUAUAGUGCCGCACUACAUAAGCACUGAAGAUGAUUUUGAGAGGAAAAACAACCGGGUGACAGCAGAAUGUAAGGAGCGAAUGAAAGUAUUUGGUUAUCUGGUACACCAAAGAGAAAGUCAGAACCUACAAGACACCCUGAAGCAGGAGCUCACCAGGGCUGUGAAUGACUGUGUGGAAAGGGUGUUCAAGAAGGUGUCCUCCACAGGGCUCGACCUGUCCCCCCAACAGCGAAUGUGCUCAUCUCCAGAGAUGCAGAUCAGUGUGGGUAUAGACAGGAAGAGCCAGCAGACCAGUUCCCCCCAGGAACAACCCCAGGCCGAGGAGGCUGCAGUGAAACCCCGCUCCUUAGAGUAUUAUGAAAGCUCUGAGGCUCAGAGCCCACAGGACCAGACAGAGGCACUGUCGCUGGUGGUCCGCAAGCCAGCAGUGACCCCUCUGAGCUCAGUCACCCCAACAGUGAAGAGGCCCUAUCCUGUGCACCAGACACCAUUUCAGUUCAAUUACAGCACCCCACUGCAUGACAGCCACAUCCUAGAACAUCUUCUUAAGUAUGGGCCCCAUUCCAACUUUGGGGGUCUCCCUUGCAUGCCCCCAUCAAUGGACAGGACCUCCCCAGACUCAGUGGACCUGCCCUGGGACAGCAUUGCCAUGAGGUCCAAGGUGACGUCCAGCCACCUCGGCCAUCACCCUCGUCCACCCGCCCUGGGGGCAGUAACAGUCGACAACCUGUGUCUUCCUCACGUCAAGAUCGAGUGUGGUGAACUGCAGAGCAUGGCUGAACGAAACCCCUACAUGUCGCUCAACAUCCAGGAGGGUCUCACCCCGAGCCAUCUGAAGAAGGCAAAGCUAAUGUUCUUCUACACCCGCUACCCAAGCUCCAAUGUGCUGAAAACCUUCUUCCCUGAUGUCAAGUUCAACCGCUGCAUCACCUCUCAGCUGAUCAAGUGGUUCAGUAACUUCAGGGAGUUUUACUACAUCCAGAUGGAGAAGUUUGCCCGGCAGGCCAUUGCUGAGGGCAUCGUUGAUGUCAAAGAUAUUACAGUUAGCAGGGACUCAGAGCUGUUCCGAGCGCUGAACAUGCACUACAAUAAAGCCAAUGACUUCCACGUUCCAGACAGAUUCCUGGAGGUUGCUGAAAUCACCUUGCAUGAGUUUUACAAUGCCAUCUCGGCAGCCAAAGAUUCAGACCCCUCUUGGAAAAAAGCUAUAUACAAGGUGAUCUGUAAACUGGAUAGCGACGUCCCAGAGGAGUUCAAGACAUCUUCCUAUUUAUAGGGCCAAGUGGAGAGUUAUAAUAGUGAAUUGAAGUUUGUCACUUGGCAGUAGGCUAUUAUUUCAUCCUUUCUUGUAGUGCAUUUUAGUGAAGUGAAAUGUAGAUGUUAAUUCAUAAUUUUGUAGAUCUGUAAAAAAACAACAAAAAACACAUGCACGCACACACACACACACACGCACACAGUCAGACAGUCACAGUCACACAAUUUUCAUUACUUUCGGGGACAAUAUAUAGACAUACAUUGACUUCUUGGAGGCUUAACCACCACCUAACCAUAACAAUAAACGUUACUUACAUUACGUCCCUGAUCAUAACCCUUACCUUAACCUGACCCGAACCUCAACCUAACCUAAAAGCAAGUCUUCACCCUAAUAUUUAAUGAUUUACUUUGUGGGGACUAGAUCACACAUCUACAAAAAUACACUCACUCACACACACACACACACACACACACAUCAUUUUAUAUAUUCCCUAAAAUGCUGUAUGUUCUACUUUUAUCAGCUAGCAGAUACAUAUUAAUGCUCUUGUGGUUUAUUCUCUUGAUUAGUGUUUACUUAUAUAAUCAGCCUCCACACAUUUCAAGACUUUGUAGGUGUGUAAAAAUGUUUACAAAGUGUAAUCAUGCUUUUUGAAUUUAUUAAACUAUAGUCUAGCCUGAUUAAGAAUGGAAGAGGUUUUUGGCAAUUACCGUCAGUAUUACUUUGCUUUUAAUUGCAUUUCAUUUGAUAGCUGUGUGUGUUGUGUAAAUGUACAUGUACCUCUGUUGUAUGUUCCAUAAUGUGCUAUAAUUAUGUUGUAAACUAUUAGCAUGACAGAAUAUGCAUGGACAAACAAUGCAAUUGACUGUCAUGGGUUUUAUUAUCAUGUAAAAAGGUCAUGUAAAGUACAAUCAUUUUCAGACAUUUCAGUCAAAGACAUUGUACUGGAUGAUUAUUGAAAUUAAAGAUGCACUAA